GCACGGGAAGAGAUUGAGUGAAGGUGAGAGUUGGGCUUGGGGUUUGCGACGCUGUUCUCGGUCAUGUCGACGGUGCAGUCUGUCGUUGCAUUUGAGGAGGAAUCUGCGAGAGUGAAGCUUGAGUGAGAAGAGAGGAUGGCAGGUCAUGAUGCUGGUAGCCAGCACCAGUUCACUGGCUUCCAAAAGUACUUCAACUCUUACACCAUCACUGGGAGGAGGAAUUAUGUGAUAGCAACGUACACCGGGAUCGCAGCAAUUUGUUUGUUUUUCAAAUUAAGAUCAAAAAAGAAGAUGCCACCAGCAAUCACAGAACAGAAAUGAUGUGAUUCUCCUUAAGACCAGGCUAGUGGAGUUUAAGGACCAUUGUGUGGAAUGGGAGAGAAUGUUUGAAACCCCUACAAUCGUGUCAUAUAGUGAUGUGUUAUAACUUAUCAGCCUUCACAAAUAAAAUUCGUGGGACUGCA